UUAUCUCUUAAACAAUAUAUGUGGUUCCAAAGUUAGCAACUUAAUCUUAUCAUCAUCCGGAUAAAAUCCGUCCAUAAAAAGCCAGUUAAGAGCGUGAAUCGCCAUUUUCACUGAACACUCGCAAGUGGAUAAUGAAAAUGAAUUUACAAAAAGCUGCACUCUUUCUUUGUGGAUUACUUCUACUUCUGUGGGACGCAAAUGCCCAAUCCUGCACAUCUGGAGCUACAUCACCUCCUGCAAGUGGCGAUCCUCACUACUACAAUUUAUGUUCCGAUGGCGCAGAAGUACUCACGGAGUGUCCUUCUUCAACUUUGUAUGUUCAAGGUACCACCAAUGUGACAGCGUGUCUGGCUACUUACGGAGGUUGUUCUCAGACUGUAGCCGGUUGUGUUUCUUGCCAAGAUUUUCCUUGGCCAGGUGCAGCUGGUACAUUGACAGCACCUGCAUGUUCAGCAGUUGGGCCAGUCGCACCCUAUUGUGAUCCGUCAUAUUAUUGGUUUUGCACAAGCAUAUAUGGAACUGCAGAACUGAGAGAAUGCCCGUCUGGCGACGGAUUUUCUACUCUUCGAAUAUUUGGUUGCGUUGAUUGGUAUAACUGGAAUACAUCAUAGAUAUGAUCCCGAUUUUCGGAUAUCAUCGAUCCUGGCUAUGGCAACCUUCAAAAUAUAAUAAAUUAAAUAUGAAUUAUUCUGGAAUAAAAAUGUCGGCAAUUU